AAAAAUUUUAAGACCCUUUUUUUUUACAAAAUUUAUAAAUUCUAAUUAUGAAUGAUAUUCGAAAAGAUGUUGUUUGGGCUGCUUUUAAUAAAGCAUAUGCAUUAUUGGAUCCCACUAUAGAUAAUUUGGAUAAAGAAUAUGAAUUUAAAAAAAAAAUUGUUCUUACUGAUGAAUCUCUUACAGAAGAUGAAAAAUCAGAAGUAAUAAAAAUGUUGAAUAAAGAUUAUGACGAUCAUAAAAUUAUAAAUAAUGAAGGAACAAAAAGAAUUUGUGAAAAUUGUCAAGAUGAAUGUUUAGCUACAUUAUAUUGUGAACAUUGUGUUCGAAAUUAUUUAAAAGAAAAUUUUUCAAAUUGGACAUCUGGAAAUAAUGAUAUUGAUAAUUUGAUACAAAAAUAUCAAAUGGAAAUGUAUGAUCCAGAAAGGAUUGUUGAAUGGAUCCCAUAUAAUAAUUUACAAAAUAUCAAAUAUUUAACUAAAGGUGGAUAUUCUGAAAUUUAUACAGCAGUUUGGUUAUGUGGAUGUUAUUAUGAAUGGGAUUCUAAAGAAAAACAAUUAACAAGAUUAGGUGAUCAAUAUGUAAUACUUAAAGAGUUAGAGAAUGUUGAAAAUGCUAAUAGAAGUUGGUUUGAAGAGAGCAAAUCUCAUUUAACUAUAAGUAACAAAUGGACAGACGUAGUAAGAUGUUAUGGUUUAACAAAAAAUCCAUUAAGUGGAAAUUAUAUGCUUGUAAUGAAUAAUAUGGAUAUGGAUUUAAGAACAUAUCUGAAACAAAAUCAUAAUAAACUUAUGUGGAAAGAAAGGAUACAUAUUGCUUAUGAUAUAAUAGAUGGAAUUGACACAAUUCAUAAAGAAAAUGCGAUACAUAGAGAUUUGCAUUCUGGUAACAUAUUAAAAAAAAGACAAAGGUAUUAUAUUAGUGAUCUUGGAUUUUGUGGACCUGUUGAUAAACCAUUAAAUAGUGUUUAUGGAAAUCUUCCUUAUAUAGCACCAGAAGUAAUUAAUGGAAAAAAAUCAACUUUUGCAUCUGAUAUUUAUAGUAUUGGUAUACUUAUGUGGGAAAUUUCAUCUGGACAACCACCUUUUAUUAAUUAUGAAUAUAAUUAUGAUCUUGCAAUGAAAAUAGUAAAUGGAAUGAGACCAAAAAUAAUACCAGGAACUCCUUUAGAAUAUAAAAAAUUAAUGGAACAGUGUUGGAAUGCUGAUUUAACAAAGAGACCUGAUGUCUAUACAUUAUGGAAAGAAGUAAAGAAAUUAUUAUUAAAAUUUCAAAGCUAUCAAGAUGAAAGCCAAAAACAAAUAAUUUCCAAUCAACAUCAACAAUUAAGUAAUUGUUAUUUAGUAAACUCAAUUGAUUCAAUAAACAAAAAUUAUACUAGUAAAACUUAUCAAUUUGAAAAUUUCCCUGAACCAAAAAAUGCAACAGAAGAAGAACAAGAAGUAUUCCAUAGUAAACCUUAUAGUUUUAAUAUUCCUAAUAAUAUUGAUGAUAUUAUUAAUAAUUCAAGUAAUGGGAAAAAUAUUAACACAAAAUCAAAUAGUAUAUAUAAAGCAUUUGGGAAAUUAGAAAUCAAUUCAGAUUAUAAUAAUCAAAAUGAUUAUGGAAAAGAAACUUCUGUACAACAAACAAAGAAGCAUCCUUUGAAUAUAAAUGAUGAUAAUGACAUAUAUGAUAAUUCAAAUUCUCAUUUAGAAAAGCAAGAUAAUUUAAAAACUUCUAAUGGUAAAGUUUCUAAGAAAAUUAAAACAUCUUAAAAUUUAUUUUUAAAUUAUCUCAAUAUUUUUUCCCGAUUUUUUUUUUAAAAAAAAUUAUGUAUUAUUACAUAUUUUUUUUUUUU